AUUCCUUCAACCGCCGCCCUCCCUCGCGGAGGUGUUGGUGGUAGCGGUUGCUCGGUUCCCACCGCUGGGGUGCUGAGCCAGGCCCUGGGACUGCAGCGAAACAUGCUCCGUGCCCGGCCCGCGUGCGGCGGCGUCCUGCUGAGGCGGCCGGGGCCCGUUGGGCGCCGCGGGUACUGGCGGACCGUGGGGCUGACCGAGAGCAUCAUCUCGGAGCUGGACACGGACCAUCACUUCGUGCACAGGAGCACGAUCCCCACCAUGCACUUCCAGGACAGCCUGCCCAGCUUAUAUGGUAAACGCAUAUCCCUUAGAUAUGUCACAAUAUAAGCGUCUCUUCAACAGUUCCAGAAUUCCUAAAUUAAACAAAGAUGAACUGUUUACUAAUGAAUGGGGAAGACAUUUGUUGGUGAUGAGAAAUGGACAUUUUUAUGUUUUUGAUGUUUUGGAUCCUGAUGGUAAUAUUCUGCAUCCAUCUGAAAUCCAGGCUCAGUUAAUUUAUAUUUUGCAAGAUGCAGAUCGCUUGCCUGAGUUUUCCCUUUGUUAUCUCACCACAGAAGACAGGAAUACUUGGGCAGCAGUAAGACAACAGCUUCUCGAAGCAGGCAAUGAAGACAACUUACAAAAAAUUGAUAGUGCAGUUUUUUGCCUAUGCUUAGACAAUAUUUCCCUAAAGAAUGAUACUGAGCUGUCACAUUGUAUGCUUCAUGGACGUGGUUUUAAUCGUUGGUUUGACAAAUCCUUUAGUCUGAUUAUCACUAGUGACGGCACUGCAGGGGUAAAUUUUGAGCAUUCGUGGGGAGAUGGAGUUGCAGUACUUCGUUUUGUUAAUGAAGUAUAUAGAAACAGUACAAGGCACCCAGCUAUUGUACCACAUUCUAGUCCUGCUGCGUUAAGUGCUACCAAGUGUGAGAGACUGGAGUUUAAAUUGAAUGAUUCAAUCCAAUCUGCUAUAAACUCUGCACGUAUGAAAUUUGAAGAAACAAAUGAGAAAAUAUCUGUGAGAAUGUUUGAAUUCAGAAAGUUUGGAAAAGAAUUUUUAGUGAAACAAAAGCUGAGUCCAGAUGCUGUUUUUCAACUUGCAUGUCAGAUGACUGCUUAUCGACAGUUUGGAAAAAUUAUUUCUUCUUACGAAGCAUGUAGCACUGCUGCUUUUAAACAUGGCCGCACGGAAACUAUUCGACCCACAUCUAUACUAACAAAACAAUGUUCACGUGCAUUUGUUGAAGAACGAAGCAAACACAGUGUAGCAGAACUGAGAAAUAUGAUUGAUGAAUGUUCAAAAUAUCACAGACGGUUGCAACUGGAAGCUGCAUUAGGUAAAGGAUUUGAUCGCCAUUUGUUUGCAUUAAAACAUCUUUCAGUGUCCAGAGGUGAUCCUAUGCCUGAACUUUUUCUUGACUCAGCCUACCAAAAACUAAACCAUAUUAUCCUUUCAACUAGUACAUUACACAGUCCUGCAGUUCAUCUUGGUGGAUUUGGGCCAGUGGUGCCAGAUGGUUUUGGAAUUGGAUAUAAUGUAUUUGAUACGUGGGUAGGAUGUAACACAACUGGCUAUUUAAAUAGAGAACUACAAGAAUUUCUUAGAUGCCUUGAGUAUAGUUUAACUGAUAUUUUAGAUGUUUUAGAAGGAAGACCUCUUGUGUAAUAUUGGCAAUAUUAGCAAUUAUUUUAAAACUAAUUUCUGACCCAUAAAAAUAACGGUGCAAAAUCAACAGCAGAAAUCUAAUAAUGAGAAUAAGCUAUUGGGAAAUAUACUUUCUACAUCUGUAGAAAGUAACUAUAAGAGAAAGGGAAACUCUGAAACCUUUAUUAGUGGACUGACAAGAUAAUGUUAAAAUGUUAUUCUGUUUUUGUCCCUUUUUUUUAAUUAUUACUAGUUUUCAACAUCCAUUAAGGCCUUUAAGAAUGUUUUUUCCAUAUAUUUUCCAAACUCUUCCUAUUUUAAUGAAUCCCUUAAUUUUAUACUUGUUUAUUCUUUUUUAUAUUCUGCUUAUUAUUUAUUUUUCAGAGGGGUAUUGUUUGGUUGGGUUUUGUUUGCUUUGUAUUGUUAUACUGUAUUAUGUCUUCAUGGCUAUGCUUGUUCAAACAAGAUUAUAAAAUACAAGUUUAACGUCUUAACUACAGGAGACAAAUUUUCAUAACUGUGCUGCAGUUAUAGUGGAAGCCGAACUUUUUCUUAUAUUUUAUGUACAUUAAUGUGGAAUUGAUGUUUCUGUUAUAAAUCCUGAUUUGCU